GCGGUCGCCAGUCAAACCCCUGUGGCGACACGCCACUGUGAGUCUAACAUGUCAUUAACACCUUAUAGACUUGUGGCAAGAAAUAUUGAUUGUGUGACUCGAUAAGUUUAGAGGGUCACUAGUCUUCUUUUUAUUUCCAUGUGAUGUAAGAAAAAGAGAUUCAAGACAAUGAGGUCACCGAAUUGGUACUGCUAUACGCAUGGUGUGGAUGCAGAACCUCAGAAGCAUAACCUGUAUGAGGCACAGUAUAUUGUCAGAAGACAUCUCGGUAGAGAGAUUAUGGACGUUCAGCCAGCGUGGUGUACUAGUGGCCAAAGAUUUACAAACGUUCUUGCUGAAAGCAUUGAAAUGCAAGAUGCCUCUUUGAUUUUUUCAAAGCGUUGCAUGCUUAUAUCGAAGUUCUGCAUUCUCGAGCUUUCUUUUACAGCACUCACCCACUUGGUUUUAACUCCUUGUGAAUAGGACCUCACUUACAGAAAACUGUGCGAGGCAUACGACAUCCCCUCUGGUUGUUGUCUUGGAAAAGAAAAGACGUAUGGCUCCAUGAACAUGGCUCGACAAUUUGAAAUUGGAGACCACUCAUGUGCGCACGUGCCGAACGUAUCGACAUUAUAACCCUCGCCGCACGUAUCGGAACUCCUUGGUUCCGACAGAAUAGCAUUUAAUUUUUCGGUCUCCUCGAAAGGUUUUUGGUACUAUUUGUGCUUUUCCUUGCAGUUAGUUACGCUAAAGACUAAUCUUACUGC